UUAUUGAAAAUAAAAAAAUGAUUGUAAAUGCAAUGCACUGAAAUUUACUGCGCAGGUGUAAAGUACUGGAUUGCACCAUCUGACAUCAUGUCAUCAUGACCGUGACAGUGUGGUCUAGUGCAUAAGAGCACGUGUUGGAAAUUUAUAAAAUUCUAACCUAAAAACAAAGCAUGUCAGUGUACCACGACGACGUUGAAAUCGACGAUUUUGAAUACGACCCAGAUACGGAUGAGUUUACAUCUAAAUGUCCAUGCGGUGAUGUUUUUCGAGUAACUGCUGAUGAAUUACUCAAUGGUGAAGAUACUGCAACCUGUGAAUCCUGUUCUUUGGUUGUUAAAGUUAUUUAUGACGUAGAGACACUGCCUGAAACCCUUGAAAGAUUGAAAAAUAAAUAUAAGCAAAAGAAAACACAAAAAUUAACUAAUAUGACUAGAAGAGGACGUGGAAGAGGUGGUGGUGGUGGACGCGGUGGUAGAAAUGCAGUAAGUGAUCCAACGGUCGCUAAUCAAAAACAAGAAGAAAAAAUGAAAAUAGUAACACAGCCACCACCACUUUACCCACCGCUAGAAAACAAAGCACCUAAACCCCAGAUAACCGCUGAGUGGUCAUAUUUGUGUGAACUAAGACGUGACUUUGCUGAGAGUCUUCACGAGUCAAUAAAUAACGUCGAGAUAAUUGCUGUGAAAAAAGAUAUCGAACGUUACUCCGAUCGGUACGCUGAUAUAUUGACCAAUAAAUCCCGGUAUGACGAAUUCUGUGACUGGUCAAUAAUGCCCCGGGAACUAAAACCCGUUGAAAAGAAACGUAAAGCUAAAGAUCCAGUCCAGGAUGUCAAGGCAAAGAAAAUCAAAGAGAUAAAAAUAGACGAAAAAUUAGCAAAACUUGAAGCUCUUGAGGAGUCGAAGACAGACAACGAUGACGAAGAAGAGAAAGCCAAGAGUGGGGAUGAAGAUGAUGAAGAAGAAAAAGAUGCUGAGGAAGAUCUCGAAGACGAAGAAAUGGACGACGGAACUGAUUACGCAAAUAAUUACUUCGAUAACGGCGAAGGAUAUGACGACGAAGACGAUAAUCUUGAUGAUGGUGCUGUUUAUUAAUUACAAUUUAUUAAAUAAUUGUUGAGUUGAUUUUUUUUUUUUUUAAUUAAAUUUAAUUACUCUGUAUUAAUGAUCAUGCAGGCUUUUGUUAUUCUAAUUACUAAUUAGGAUAAUUUAAUUCUAAUUAUAUUAAUAAAAGGAUUAAAAUUAUGAAUUAAAUAUAAGUAAAAUUAUUCAAAGGACAAUUUACUAAUUAAUUAUCAAUUGAUAAAAUUAUUUCGAGUCACAGGAAGCGUCGGCGUUUUUUUAUUACGAGUAUUUCAAUUUCUAAUAAUUCAUAAUAAUAUUUUAUAUUAAUAAUAAUAAUAUAUAUACAUAUAUGUAUAUAUAUUUUUGUUAUAUAUAUAUAUAUAAAUAUAUAUAUAUAUAGCCAUAAUCAUUUAUUUAUUUUGUUUUUUUUUUAUCAUCAUUCAAUAUAUAUAUAUAUAUUAAUAUUUAAAUAAAAUCCACCAUUUUUAAAUUUAUAUUUACUUAAUAAUUUAACUAGAGUUUAAAAACAAAGACGCGAAUGUAAUAUAAUUAAUAAUUAUAAUAAUAAAAAUAAAUUACGUUCA